GCCCGCUCACACAUCGCGCGUCCGCCAACCGAGCUGGUUGUCGUCGUGAUAGCUCGCCAGUAGCUAGAUUUUCAUUCGUUACGUUUUUUAUGUUAAACAUUAGUUAUAAACAAGUUAUAUUUCUGUGCCAACUUUACACCCGACUACGUUCCUACUAAAUACGUAUUAAUAUUUAGUGUUAGUGGCAAUUGUUGACAUUUAUCUUGCUUCUUUUCGCAUUGUUUUCCAUCGUAGUGAUUCAGUUGGCAUCAUUUUGCAUUAAUUGUCUCGAGGGCGUGAUUGUAAUGCGAAACGCAAACAGUUUGCGCGAUUGUGAGCAGCAGUGCUACUGCGGUGAUGUGUUGUCGCAUCGGGACGUGCUGAGCACAUUUACACUGAAUUCGACGACAGGACAACGUGUUGAGUUGAGCCGCCUCUCGACAAAUACAGCCGCGAGUUUGCGUUGAGAGUAAAAGUGGCGAAAACAAAAAUUACGCACUGCGUAUCAGAAAAACAGGCGUGCAGUGUUUUUAUAUUUUUUAUAAAAACAAAAAUUUUGAGUUGCCAGCGACGGCGUGUGAUGGGGGAUGGACAAUGAACAGCCCCACCAGGAGCUGGUCAAGUGCGUGGUCGUGGGCGACACGGCCGUGGGCAAGACACGCUUGAUAUGCGCACGCGCAUGCAACAAGCAGGUGUCGCUAGCGCAGCUGCUGGCGACACACGUGCCGACGGUAUGGGCGAUAGAUCAGUACCGCAUCUACAAGGAUGUCCUCGAGCGCAGCUGGGAGGUGGUGGACAAUGUGUCCGUCUCGCUGCGCUUGUGGGACACGUUCGGGGAUCACGAGAAGGACCGCCGCUUUGCGUACGGCCGCUCAGACGUCGUGCUGUUAUGCUUUAGCAUCAACAACCCGGUCUCCCUGCGCAACUGCCGCCUGAUGUGGUAUCCGGAAAUCCGACGAUUUUGUCCCAGCACACCGGUAUUGCUCGUCGGGUGUAAGAAUGACCUGCGGUACAUGUAUCGUGAUGAGGCGUAUCUGUCUUACUUCCGGGAUCGUAGUCCAUUUGUGCGGGCGACCCGGAAGUCUGAUUUGGUUAUGCCGGAUGAAGCGAGGGAUGUUGCCAGGGAACUGGGGUUGUACUAUUAUGAAACCUCGGUGUUGACUUAUUACGGUGUGAAUGAAGUCUUUGAGAAUGCGAUUAGAGCUGCGUUGAUGGCGCGUAGACAGCAGAGGUUCUGGAUGACCAACUUGAAGAAAGUUCAAAGACCUUUAUUGCAAGCACCUUUCAAACCACCUCCACCACCCAAACCGGAAAUUAUGGAUCCAACUUCGACUUUUGCCGAAAACACCAGGCAGUUGUGGACUGAUAGGGCCCACGCGGAUGUUUUAUUGGUCAGUGGACCUGUUGGGUUCCCAGCGCACAGAUUUGUCCUGGCUGCGGCCAGUCCAGCGUUGUACAGGUUACUAACAGCUGAUUUGAUGGCAAGGAGUACUUCCGAUUCCAGUAUGGUUAGUUCCCUUGGCGAGUUUGCUGACGACACUGAGUGUUUAGUAAGAGCUGAACAGAAGAUGUGCAAAAGAAGGGCUAGUUGUCAAGCGCUGCCAUCUUCAGGCAGAGAGUUGGAUCCUGCUUUCCAUUCUGUCAAAACUGUUGAUGGGCAAACCGUCAUCACUUUUAGUAAACUAGUUACACCUGGGUCUUUACAACAAUGUCUUCAGUUUAUGUAUACUGGUGCUUUGGAUCGGCGUGGGGUAGAAAUUCAGGAAUUGAGAAGGACAGCAGAGUUAUUGGAACUUCCCCACUUGGGUUCUCUUCUUUCAAAUGAAUUCGCCCCAGAAUCCCAUGAAGAACACCUCAAGCGUCGUUUACAAGAUGUCUGCUUGGAUCAAGGACUCUUCGCAGAUGUAAUAUUUGAACUGGAUGAUGGCGGAUGCGCAGCGCAUAAACCACUACUCGCUAGUCGCUGCGAUAUGAUGAAAGCCAUGUUCAGCGGGGACUUUCGUGAAGGUCAGGCGAAGGUGAUUGAGUUCCCUGGCGUGCGCGAGUACACCUUCCACAAGCUGUUGUGCUUCCUCUACACCGAUGAGGUGCCCGCCGUGGCGGCGGCACGUUGUGUAAAUCUAAUGGAGCUCGCCAAUCGUCUCUGCCUGCCGCGUCUGGUUGCGCUUGUCGAGCGACGCGUGAUUGAAGACCUGGAACGGCUGCCGUCCAACGAGGCCAUCGAACAGUGCCUCCGGCUGCUGGAGCCUGUCAAGCUGCACAACGCGCACCAACUCGCUGACUUCUGCAUGAAUCACCUCUGCGUCAACUACAACAAGCUGUGCAGGAUGUCGCCGCGCAGCCUGCGCCUGCUCCAUCCGGACAACCAGGCCUACCUCAUCGAGCACAGGUGGCCGCCGGUGUGGUACCUCAAGGACUACGACUACUACCAGAAGUGUCUCGUCGAGCGCGACAGGGAGCUCAAGCCGGCGCUGAAGAACAGCUCGGGUUGCUUGUGCUUUGCGCGCAAGAGCGAAUCGGACCCGGCGCUCUCCACCUCCACCGAUAAGCUGUGAUGACGCACCACCACCACCACCACACAUGACCCCCAACCCCCACCCUAAAAACCAACCUAAGUAACGUUAACGUUAAGGUUAUGUCUUCACGCGAGUUAUAAACUGUAGCCGUUGAGUUGAAGCUGAAACGAAAUGCGCAAGGAAGCAAUCAAAAUGUUAGAGGAGAAACGCUCAUCCGCGAUCACUGCUUAAAUUUUAAUCAAGUCUCAUCGAUUAGGACCAAACGACUGCAUCGCAUUACGUCACACUUUCAUCGUACAUAUUACAUUUUGUCUAUAACCUCAAUUAUGCGCUGUUUGAAUUGAUUUCUACGACGGUAAAAUAUCAAUUUGCAUCAAUUGCAUACAAUGAACAACUACACCACCAACAACAACAAAACAACAACAAGCACGUCCUCAACAGGAGAAUAAAACGUACAUACAUCACACCUACACUCGCAUACACAUACACAUUUUAAGAUAAAUGCAUUCCUCAAUUGCGUCUGUGAUAAAAAAACAAAACAACAAACGUGCGCGGUCUCGAAAUUGUUGCAACUUGAUAUCGACAUUAUAACACAAGAAUAUACCCACCAUUCACAACACAUGUAUUCAUUCACAUAACCAUUUCUUAGAACUAUGUACUAGUAGAAGAUAACCUAGAAAUCAAUUCAUGCCAUAGCCUGCCUCUAAUUCGCAUAUAUGAAGCGUAUACACGUGUAAGUUAACAAUUAACUACUAAUUAACUAUUCGCAUUAUGGUGUAAUCUUAACGUCUAAUCUAAGCUGUAAGCUGAGAGCGUGGCGCACGCGCAUAGCAAAAACUAAAACAGGAAAACAACGGACGAUGACGAGUGCGAUCAAUAUAUCGAUGCAUAACAUUUAAUGCAUACAAUUAUAAACUUCAAUUCAACUCUUAACCAAUCGUACAUUGCGUAGCGUGCGAUAUAAAAACUACGAUUAUUAUACUCAUUGAGGAACAACUCGGAUCGGAUACCAAACAAAAGUUUUUAUAUAUCAAAAUAUUAACACACUGAAAAAAGAGAAGAAAGCAGAGUGUGGAAACAGUUGAACAAACAAAUAUUGCUUGAUACGAUAGCGUAGUCGGCAUAACCUAAAUAUUUGACACAUUUAGUGCCCACCGGUAGCAAGCUUCCUUAAUCUGUACUAACCUAAACGUUUGAUUUGUCAACUGCAAAACAUGAAAAACAUGAUAAACGAACGAUAAACAUUUAUAAUUACUCUACGCUACUAUACAUAGUGAUAAGUAAUGUUUGUACUUUAAUAAUAUUAUCUAUAACGAAAGUGAAACAAACAAAACAAAAAAAAAUAACAACAACGUUUUCCGAGCCUCUUUCUCUCUCUUGCACGACUGCACGCCAAAGCAAAUGCGCAAGUUUUAAAUUGUAUAACAACUUAAUUAACAUCGUUGAAACUAUAUGAUUACGAGGGGUGAAAAGUUAUUGACAACAUGCGCGCGCAUAAAUAGUGUUCAGCCAUUCCUUAAUAAAAGCUAAGAAAUGUUUGAGAAACGUUAGGUGAUUCAGUUCAGUAGCGAACGUAGCAAGUUGAAAACAGUUUGAGUCGAUUGGAUUCAAUUAAUUAACGAACACACGUGUCAUAAUUAUUACCAUAUGUAACAAAAGUACGAUUGUGUUUUGUUACACGAUGCGCAUUUGAUACGUUAUGAAACAUUACUUGCACUUUUUUUAGGUUAAAUUCAAGUUCUUUUUCUGACUAGUGUGACCCUAGGAACAAUGAAACAAUGUAAAAAAAGAACACUGCCGCCAUAUUGUAGAUAAUUUAUUUUGUAGCUUUUAAGUUAUUGUUUUUGUAGCACGCAAGUAAUGUUUACACUUAUUAGAACUUACAAGUAAUUACAAGUGAACACUACAGUUACAUAACCAAACACAGACGAUAUAGUUUUCUAUAUAGUUUUAUAUUUUAUUGCAAUUACUCGUGUAUUAAUGAGGUCGGUCCGACAAUCGCAAAUUUUAGUAUCGAAAAUGAUAUAAAAUGAUUUCCAACACUCGGUAUACAUAGAGCGGCAACCCAACACACACACAUUUAUUCGUAGACACAAAAGACAACAAACACAUAACCAACAAACUUGUAAGUGGAGUCGAAGGUGGAUUGAUAAAAUGAAAAACGUUCGUUAAUUAUAUCUAGCUAGAAACAUUGAAAAGACAAAUUGUGAACGUUUGCGGAAUUAGGAGGCGAAACUUAGUAGUAAAGUAACGUAAAAGUAAACAAAGAAAAAAACAAAACGUAGCUAUGUGAAAAUGGCGUCGCGCCGGUAGAGAAACAGAUGUGUAUGUACCAGGAAUGCAUUUCAUUGAUUCACGUGUAAAUUUACUCAUUACUCUUAACAUUUAUUCGAAUAUCGCCGUAGAUUUAAACGAAACGACAAAAUACACACAAUUACAAUAGAAAAAUGGGCAAACAAAUAAACGACAGUCGAGCGAUUUACGUAAAAUGGCGAAUUUGGAUAAACCACACCACAAAACAUAGGAAUAACGCAAAUAAAUUUGAAAAACUACGCAAAAACAACAAAAAAAUGUUAGCUACAAUUACAAUUAAUUUGAAACAAACUCAACAAUCAUACUAUAAUGUAAUAUUAUUAUUAAUUGUGCAAUAAUUUGCUAUUCUAUUAAUAAACAUUUGUAUUAACUCAA